AUGGCGCCCUCAACUUCCCCCGAGGCCGUCAACGACAAACUCCAGUCUCUCCCGAACCCCAUCGCAGACAAGAUCCCUCACAUACCCGAGUCUAAAGAGGAGCUCAAGGCAGAUGCGAGCAAGGCCGCCUCCGGUCUCGCAACACAACUGCGCUCCUUCGCUGCGGGCGGUUUCGGUGGUCUCUGCGCCGUUGUCGUCGGCCACCCCUUCGACCUCGUCAAGGUCCGUCUGCAGACCGCCGACCGGGGCGUUUACAGCGGCGCCAUCGACGUCGUAAAGAAGAGCAUCGCGCGCGAUGGCUUGCGACGGGGUCUGUACGCUGGCGUUUCUGCGCCGUUGGUCGGUGUCACACCAAUGUUCGCCGUCUCGUUCUGGGGUUAUGAUGUAGGCAAAUCACUCGUCCGCUCCACCAGCAACCCCGACGCCCCUCUCACCAUCGGCCAAGUUUCGGCCGCCGGUUUCUUCUCCGCCAUCCCCAUGACCGCUAUCACGGCCCCCUUCGAGCGCGUAAAGGUCAUCCUCCAAGUCCAGUCGCAGCGCCUGCAGCCUGGCGAGAAGCCGAAAUACAACGGCGGUAUGGACGUUGUCCGCGGCCUCUACCGCGAGGGCGGUGUGCGCUCCGUAUUCCGCGGCAGCGCCGCCACUCUUGCCCGUGACGGUCCCGGUAGUGCCGCAUACUUCGCCGCCUACGAGUACAUCAAGCGCCGUCUGACCCCCAAGGACCCCGUGACCGGAAAGCCGCAGGGCGAGUUGAGUCUGCUGGCCGUCACCGCCGCCGGUGCUGCCGCCGGUGUUGCCAUGUGGAUCCCCGUUUUCCCCGUCGACACCGUCAAGUCGCGUCUGCAGACCGCCGAGGGCAACGUCAGCAUUGGAGGUGUUGUGAGGGAGGUGUACGGCAGAGGCGGCUUCAAGGCCUUCUUCCCCGGUUUCGGCCCCGCGCUGGCCAGAGCUGUGCCUGCUAAUGCCGCUACCUUCCUGGGUGUCGAGCUGGCCCACCAGGCCAUGAACAAGGUUUUCGGUUAA